CUCAAGUAGAAGCCUAGCCCAGCUAGUUUGUCUUCUUCAUGCUUCUGCUUUUCAAACAGUCUUUGUAUGUGUGACGGUGUUAGCCAUGGGAAGAGCUCCAUGCUGUGACAAAUCUAAAGUGAAAAGAGGACCAUGGUCUCCCGAAGAAGACGCCACCCUCAAGAACUACCUCCACGAACAUGGCACCACUGGCAAUUGGAUUACUCUACCAACCAAAGCAGGCCUGAAUCGUUGCGGUAAGAGUUGUCGUUUGAGAUGGCUGAACUAUCUUAGGCCAGACAUCAAGCGUGGUACUUUCACGGAGGAAGAAGACAAUGUUAUCUGCACUCUCUUUAGAAGCAUUGGAAGCAGGUGGUCUGUCAUAGCUUCUCAACUGCCAGGACGAACAGAUAAUGAUGUGAAAAACUAUUGGAACACAAAGUUGAAGAAAAAGCUGCUGGCGGUUGCUGCAAGAAAUAACAUUGUGGCUACUAGACAGACAUGUGAUCACAACAUUGCUGAUCAGUUUUCAGCUCCAGUUCCUCCCAAAAUCGAAACCCCUCAUGGCCCCGAGACUUCAUCUUGUUUAGGUGGCACAUUACCAUAUGCAGCGAACAUAAGUUUGGUGCAUAGUUUUGAUCAACCAAAGGAAACUUUUGAACCCUGGUGCAAUCAUUCUGAUUCAAAGCCUAUGGAAGUUUCUGAUUUUGGCAGCACUAGUGAAAGUAACAGUUUCAGUAUUCCACUAUCUCAUCAGGAAGUUUCAAGUCUUCCCAGUUCUUCCAGUUUGGCUCAGCUGGAUCAGUACCAUUGCUCCUUGUGGUCUGGACAUGAAGGUAUCAAUUACGUUAACAGCGAGUUCCUUAUGGACUUCGGAUUCGAAACUCCUCCUGCUGAUCAGUUUCUUCUGGGUGGCUAUGGUCAUUAGGCACAUUCUAUCUAUCAAACUGCCACAAACUAUCUUGUAAUAAAAUGCAAAUAAGAUCAGAGGAGAAAGAAGACCCAGAUAAUGUUGCUAUUAACGGUAAUGUAUGCACCAAUCAUGGAUUUAGGUAGUGUUCUGAAAUGUUGAAUUAGUCUACAUAUUUUUUUUCUGCACGUAAAAUGUUUCGGUUGUGCAAGUGAAAUAUUCAUAAUAAGAAUCAAUACUCUUUAACUGUUUGCUUAUGACUGGUCAGUGGUUCACGAUAGUUGCAUUGGCAGCCAAUUCAUAGUGAAGAAAACGUCUCCAUCUGAUAAAGACCCUAUGCGUGUUUGUGUCCUUGUGCAUUAAUGUAAUGGAGUUCAAUUCAUACCCUUUGAAUGAUCA